AUGUCAUCACAAUUGAAUAUCGACGAUGUCAUUAAACACGUAGAAUUACUUUAUACAACAAGAAACCCAGAAGAAGUAAGGAUAGUUCAAGAACAAUUACAAGUUUUUCAAAAAAAUGAAUAUAGUUUUCAAUUAGGCGUUGAAUUAUUACAUAAUCCGAACAAUCAAGUUCGAUAUUUUGGAGCAUUAACUAUUACAGUUUAUUUGAAUACAUAUGGAUCAGAUGAUUUCAUUGCCAAGUUCGUACAAAUACUGAAUAUUUUGGAGCAAUUGAUUGAAGAAAAUUACAACGCUAAUUCAUUUAUUAUAAGGAAGUUAAUGAGUAAUUUAUCAAUCUUAUAUAUCCAACAUUUUGAAGAAUUUGAUUGUGUUCUACUUUUCAUUCGAUGUCUAAAACAUAAUGAAAAUGAAACUAUUUCUACCUUUUUAUCAACCUUGCAUGAUGUCAAACAAUUGGAAAUACUAAUUCUAUUUCUUCAAAUUUUAUCUGAAGAAAUUCAGAAACUUAUCACUUUCUCAUUAGAUUUACAUUCAGUAAUUUAUAAAACCAUAUUUGUACACCUUCAAGAAGUAUACUCAUUUUUGUUACAUGAAUACUCAAAUCUUAGCGAUAACCUACUACUACUACUGUUGGAGUGUUUAAGCGCAUGGGUCGUUUAUUUUUCCAAAGCUGAAGCAAGAUCUGAACAAAGAUAUUCCAAUGAUUUGAAUUUAUUAAUCCAAUUUACAUUAAAAGAAUUAGAGGACGGGUUUGAUAUUAAAAAGAUGGAUUUAUAUAAUAAGUCUUUUACUGUUUUAACAGAAUUCAUCGAUCACAUUCCAAGAGUCAUGAAUCCUUUUAAAUCCAAAGUAGAAGAGGUAUUCUUUACUCCAAAUAGGUUCGGCAUGUCCUUUUUUAACACAGUCUUUUCAAGUCAAGAUUUUUUGGAUGAAUAUAAAAUGGAGGUUGAUAAUUAUGUAAAUCUUUUGGUAAAUUUUUUAGAGACGAAUAUGAUACACAUGACAAGGAAUUUACUUGAUGAGAAAAAUUUUGAAACGAUAAAAAUAAUCAUUGCUAUAACAAAUGCUAAAGGUAGACCACUUAUUGAUGAGAAUAUAAGUUAUUGUCUUGCCUCAUUUUGGGAGGACUUUUGUAACACUUUAAUUGAUGACGAAGAUGUGAGAAAGGAAACGUUACAAAAUAAUUCAAAAUUAAUUGAGGAUUAUAAUAAUCGACGAAAUUCAAUAUUAAUGGAAGUGGCAGUAAUAUAUUUUGAAAAAAUACAGAGAUAUUCUGAUGAACCACUAUCAGAAUUUUCCAGAUAUCGUACAAUUGUUUCCGACUUAUUUAUAUUAUUUUAUACAAUUUUAGGUAUACCAUUAUUUGCCACACUUUGUGAUUCAAUAGGUACAGAUUUGAUAGUCUCGGAAGCAGCUAUAUAUUUGUUACAUAAAAUUACGGUUGAUAUUAGAUUUUAUGAUGAUGAUGAUGACGAUGAGACGAAAAACCUACCUUUGAUCAAUCAAUUUGAUAGUUUAUUUCAAAAUAAAUUGUUACAUGUAAUUAAUAAUGACUUUAGAGAUCAACAAAUUACAAUAAGUUUGUUAAACUUCAUGUCAAUAUUACCAUUCUUUUAUAAAUCAGAGGUUGGAAAUAAAUACCUUUCAUCAAGUUUUGAAUUCCUAUUUAAUAUAAUAAACAAAAAUCCUAAUUCCAACUUAGCUUUAGUUGCUUCAAAAACAAUAUUUAAAAUAUGUCAAAAUACUGAGCAAAAAUUAAUACCCUUUUUACCUCAAUUAGAACUAAUUGUGCUGAAUAUGUUAAAAGACCCAGCACUAGAUGGUUUAAUACGUGAACGUAUAACUUUUUCAUAUGUUUCAAUACUUAGGUCGCAAAAGAAUCAACGUGAUUUUGGUGAUAAAAUAUUUGCAAUUUUACAUCUCGUGAUCCAUCAGAAAGAUCAAGCUGAUGAGAGAUCAAAUGAAGAUUAUGUGGUUAGCUUGUUAGCAUGUGUUAACGAAAUUAGCAAAGCAUGUCAACUACCAGAAGAAGUAGAAGAUUAUUUUAAUAUAACACAAUUAGAAGAAUUUAAAACAUAUUGGCAAGCUGAUCCUUUAAAUAUUCGAAGUUAUAUUUUGGAAAUUUUAAAAAUUUUUUCAUUAGAUUCAUCAAGUUUAAGUCAGAAUACAAUAGUUACUGAAAAAUGUUGCAGUAUAUUAAAAUCAGGAUUGAAUGAAACUUUACCAGGUCCAUUCACAUUUGAUUUGAAUUUAAUUAUACAAUAUAUUAUGGCAAAAGCUUUAAGAUCCCCUCCAGCUUCCAUUGAUCGUAUUCACAACUUACUCAUUAGUGUCAUAUUAACAAACCUUAAAAAAUUGGAACAAGUCCAAGUUGAGGAAUUAUUAAUUAAAGUAGUAUUUGACAUUGCACAAACUAUUCAAUCAGAUGAGGAUUUAAUCAAAUCAUCAUUAGAUGUAUUUCAUUCAAUUAUUGACUUGAAACCAAGUUUGUUAAUCUAUUCAUCGGAUUUAUUUAAUCAUGUAUUACAGUUCGCGAUAAAUUCAUUCAGUAAAAAUGAAACAUCAAUAAUUAAAUCAACUGUCAAAUUUUGGAAUACUUUAUUGGUUUUGAGGAAGGGUACUCAAAAAGAUCAAGAAUUUAUAAGAAGUCUAAUGGUAGACGAAACUAAUGGUAAAUCUUUAGGUUUCCAAUUGGUUGAGCAUCUAACAGUAGCUUUCAUAUUAUCAGCUAGGUCGAAUUUGGAUUACUACUACCCAUUAUUUAGAACUUUAAUAAGUAAAAAUUCCAUAGAUCUCAAAAGAUGGUUAACUGAAGUAUUGGAAAAUUUUCAAAAUGGUAAAGUCAAACUUACAAAAGAAGAAUAUAAUCAAUUUAUUGGAAAAUUAAUACUUACAAGAGGUCAAAGAAUUGCUAAUAAUGUUUUAAAAGAUUUUUGGUUGAAAAUUAAUAAGCUAGUAGAUUAUUAA